AUGUCUGCUGAUAAAUACUACACCCUUGCUGAAGGAUGCCCCUUCGCAAGCAGUAGCACUGCUGUGCUUAUGCGUAACGGGCAAGGUGGCGGCCUUGGCUUACUCCAGGACACCCAGCUCAUCGAGACUCUCGCGCACUUUUCUCGUGAGAGAAUUCCCGAGCGUGUUGUUCACGCCAAAGCUGUCGGAGCAUACGGAGAAUUUGAAGCCACCGCCGACUGCUCCGACCUGACCUCCGCCAGCUUUCUCAACAAAGCUGGCAAGAAGACUCCUGUUCUUCUUCGCGUCUCUACAGUUGGACCAGAGUCAGGCUCUGCUGAUACCUCCCGUGAUGUCCACGGCUGGGGAAUGAAACUCUACACAGAUGAAGGAAAUUUGGACUGGGUCUUUAACAACACCGUGAGCUAUUUAUAUUUUGAGACAUACCCGGAGAUCCCCGCUUAUGCAGUGCAGCCGGUAUUCUUUAUUCGGGAUCCCAUCAAGUUCCCCUCUAUGAAUCGCUCUCACAAGAGACACCCGCGGACCCACCUUCCCGAUGCGAACAUGACGAAAAAUCUUGAAGCUAAUAUGACGUUUAGUUCUGGGAAAUCGCUGACAUCUCCUAGCUUCCACGUGGGCAACCCUGAAGGAAUCCAUCAGCUCUUAGUUCUCUUCAGUGAUCGUGGAACCCCACAAUCGGUCCGCUUUUUGAACUCCUACAGUGGACAUACUUACAAGUUCACCAAGGAGGAUGGUUCAUUCAAAUACAUCAAGAUCCACAUGAAGACCCAGCAGGGAGUCAAGAAUUUCACUCAGGCAGAGGCAACGAAAAUUGCCGGUGAAGACCCCGAUUACAUGAUUCGAGACAUGUACGAGGCCAUUGAGAGAAAAGACUAUCCUGCGUGGGAUGUAUUUGUUCAAGUCAUGGAACCCUCCGAGGCCGAGAACUACCGUUGGAAUAUCUUUGAUAUGACCAAAGUCUGGUCACACAAGGACUUUCCGCUGAGAAAGAUCGGCAAAAUGACUCUAAACCGCAACCCCAACAACUAUUUCGCCGAUAUUGAGCAGGCGGCCUUCUCUCCCUCUAACAUGGUACCUGGCUUUGCCGCUUCAGCUGAUCCCGUCCUCCAAGCACGUCUAUUCGCCUACCCCGAUGCAGCUCGCUACCGCCUCGGCGUCAACUACCAGCAGCUGCCAACCAACGCAGCCAAGGUUCCAGUAUACUGUCCCUUCCAGAGAGAUGGUAAGAUGAGAUUCGACGGUAACUACGGCGGUGAUCCAAAUUACGUCAACUCUACUCUCCAGCCGACCAAAUACUAUCCCCAAGUCAAGCGAGUCAAGCCCGAGUCGCUCAGCCUGCACACAGAGCACGAGAAGUGGAUUGGAGAAGUCACUACCUACACUAGCGAUAUUUCGGAUGAGGAUUUCGUCCAGCCUGCUGAAUUGUGGGAGGUUAUUGGUCGUGAGCCAGGACAUCAGGAUAGAACUAUUGCCAACCUUGCUGGCAGUAUCAGUGGAGUCAAGUCAGAUAAGUUGCGCGAUGCAGUAUAUGCACUAUUCAGUCGUGUUAAUCAGGAUCUUGGGGCGAGGCUUAAGAAGGCGACUGAGGCUGCUAUCAAAAAGUAG